AUGUGAUAUUUUUUGAAUUUAAAAUUAAUUUUUAGUAUAAUAUAAAAAAUAAAAAAUAAGUUUUUGAUUUGAUAUUUUUGGGAGAAAAAAUUGAAUAAAUAGUGUAAAUCCAAUUCAAUCCCCGGAACAAACACACCCUUAAUAGUAAAACUACUGUUAAACCAAACCAAAACAAAUCCAUUAAUUACCAUUAUGAUAAUUCUUAAAAAACCAUUUAAACACGGAGCAAAAAAAAAUCAAGGCGCCAGCAAAACGACGUCGUCCGCCUGACCGUUUAGCAGCGCCUUUUGUGUAUUUGAAUUUUUUAGUAAACUAAAAUGUGAACGUUACCCCACAGAAUUCACAAUCUCCCUUUUCGUGUCUAUCAUUUCCAUUUUUUCAAACUCGGAGUUCCCUCUCUUUCUCUCUCGCUCUCGUCAUCGUUUUUUGGAUUCAGCUCCACCAUCUAAUCCGAAGAAUCUUGUGCUCAUACUCGUUUCCAGGUGGAAUAAUUCUCCUCGAUUCGCCGCCGGUGUUGUUUAUUCAUUUGAUUUUUUCAAUUUUAAGCACAUAUAUUUUAAACCAUGGGCGUCGAAAACUAUCAUGUAAUACAGCUUGUGGGGGAGGGUUCAUUCGGUAAAGUGUACCGAGGCCGCCGCAAGUUCAGUGGGCAGACGGUCGCGAUGAAGUUUAUACCUAAACAUGGGAAAAGUGAGAAGGACAUCCUGAACCUAAGGCAGGAAAUAGAGAUUCUUAGAAAACUGAAACACGAGAAUAUUAUUGCAAUGCUAGAUGCAUUUGAGAGCCCACAGGAGUUUUGUGUUGUUACAGAAUUUGCACAAGGCGAGCUUUUUGAAAUUCUUGAGGAUGACAAAUGCCUGCCUGAGGAACAAGUACAAGCAAUUGCAAAACAACUGGUGAGAGCAUUGCACUAUCUCCAUUCAAACCGUAUAAUUCAUCGUGACAUGAAACCACAAAACAUCCUCAUUGGUGCAGGAUCUGUUGUUAAGCUUUGUGAUUUUGGUUUUGCCCGGGCUAUGUCUGCAAACACGGUUGUCUUGCGCUCCAUUAAAGGAACUCCUUUAUAUAUGGCCCCAGAGUUAGUACGAGAACAGCCAUACAAUCACACUGCUGAUCUCUGGUCCCUUGGUGUUAUUUUGUAUGAACUUUUUGUUGGGCAACCUCCAUUUUAUACAAAUUCUGUGUAUGCACUCAUUCGACACAUCAUUAAGGAUCCAGUUAAAUAUCCAGAAAACAUGAGCCCAAAUUUUAAAAGUUUCUUGCAAGGUUUGCUGAAUAAGGUUCCUCAAAAUAGACUUACAUGGCCAGCUCUUCUUGAACAUCCAUUUGUUAAGGAAACUCCUCCAGAAGUUGAGGAGUCACACUUGCUUACAACACCAUCCCCUAGAUGUGAUUCAGGACUGAAGCAAGAAAGGAAAGCCCAGAAGGCAGCUGGAAUUAAUGUUGCAACUCCAGAGGGUCCAAGUGGUUCUCCUGCUGGUAGUGAAGCUGGAGUUGUUCAGUGCUCUCCAAUCAAUCCCCAUUCCAAUAGAUGUAACUCUAAAAUAGAAGAUAAUACUAUUCCAAAUGAGGAGUUUCCAGGUUUCCUUAGUCAGGGUGGUGUUGUACAGACAGGUUGCCAAGUGUUGGAUCGCCUGGAGAAUAAUUCCCGCACAAGUAAGGGAGCACAUAUUAUUGGUCAAGACAAUGAAGCAUUGGCUACCAUUUUGCUUCCAUUAAAAAAACUGUGUGAUGGAUCACCGAAGGCUUUCAAGGAGCAGGAGGUUAUUUCUUUGAAGCAGUCUAUGAGGAUUCUUUCAAAUUUAAUUUCUGCUGAAGCUGUUAAUUCAAAGGGGCUUCAGGAAGAAAUAAUUAGUGUUCUUCUUGGAUUUACUUCUGAAAUAUUCCGGUUUAAAAUAUCAACUGGAACUGACUUGAUGACAAAGAGUUUAUCAAUCCUGAAGAGGUUGCUGGAUAACAAUGGACUUGGAAUUGGUGAUUCAUUUUAUAAACAUUGGGUUACUGUAGUUAAUUUAUACUCACAGGUUGUGUGUUGUAAUGAUGAAACAUCUGCAAGACUUCUCUAUGAGUGCACUUCAUGUGUUGCGGUCAUGUUAUCUCAAGUAGCACAGUUUCUCAGAGCGUCUAAAGAGAUAUCUUCAGCCUCGUCAGGGGCAAGUAAAACUGUUACUCAAAUUUUGGAUCAUGCAAAAUCUUCGGGUGUUUUGGAUAAUUUAUGCUCGUGCUUGGAAUAUUCUGGCUCAAGUCUCGUAUCUGGAUCUACAAAUUUGUUAAGAGCUGCUUAUGAAGCUUUCCAGGGAAUUUGGUCGCUUGUUGAUGCAUGUGAACUCCUCUCGAAGAAAUCAACCUCAUUAUUUCCGCUAAACUCUUUGCGAAUCCCUUCUCUACUUCAACUUGACAUUAAUGACUGCAAUGAGCAACCAUUGCUUGGAAAAAAUACAGGAGAAAUCAUGGAUGUGAUCACAAAAGCAUUUCUCAAGUCAAAAGCCACACAGGUUGCUAUUCAUGUUUGCCUUCGCCAACACCAAGAAAUCAGUCUCUGUUCUGUGGUGCAGCUUAUUCACAGAUGUUGCUUGCAUAGUGAAGUUAUGGUGAACUUUCUUUGUGGGUUGCCUAACAAACUACCUGUGACUACUGUUGUAAGUGGUGGUGGGGAUAACACUAUUGUUUCAGAGAUCUUCUCCAUAUUAUCAUUUUGUGCUGCUUUGAGUAAAGAGACCACUGAAGCAGAAGCAGAUCAUUCAAGGCCCAAAAUGACGGAUACCCGUGCCUUGGUUAUGCACUCCUGUCUUCUUCUUGCCACAAUCUCUCAGAGUUUGAAAUCAGCAGGAAGAAAUUCCGCACUGUUUAUGCUGACUACGUCAUCUAAAAAGCAGGCCUCUCGGUUAUCAAUCCUUGCACACCAUUUUUCUUCAAAUGAUCGGAUGCAGUCCUCACUCCAACCUUCCUGUGCAGCUGCCAUGCUAGCUCUUGCAUCAAUUCUAUCUCUUGAUAAGGGAACCUCAGUUGAAACUGCCAUUUCUGAGAUAGCUCUUCCUUUAAUUCCACGAACUGCCACACUAUGUGAACAUCUUCGAGGUCCUGCAAAUGAUGAAAAUGUGGUGAACAUUAACAUGGUGAAGAGGAUGCUACCUUGCAGGCAUGGCAUCAGGGAUGGUUCUGUUGGGUUAUUAGAGUCCAGGCUGAACUGGGGAGGACAUAUGGCUGUGCAACAGCUAUGUGCCAGUGGCACUCCACAGCUUCUCAUCGAUUUAUUGGCCAAUAAUAUUUCAAGUACUCAAAAAAUAUCGAAUUGCACUCAAGAUCAAAUUGGAUUAUCACCUGCUGGAGUCGUGUGGACUAUUUCUUCAAUUUGUCAAUGUCUUUCUGGUGGAGUUUCAACAUUCCGUCAAAUCAUGCUAAGGCAAGAACACAUUAAGUGCAUCUCUGAUUUAAUAUGCGACACUCAUCUUAAGCUAAUUAGGUUGUGGACUGGACCUGGUGGAGGGAAGAAUGGUGUGAGAGAUACCGUAAAUGCAGUGAUAGACCUCUUAGCAUUUCCUUUUGUAGCUGUACAGAGUGUGCCUGGUGUGCCACAUGCUAAUGCUUCCGUGAACAGCGGUUUCCUUCUGAAUAUGGGAUCUCCGGGUGGAAAGGUUUGUGUCGAGGACAAGGACAUGAUGAAAACAAUACAAGCAUCGAUGAAAAAGUAUAUUCAAAUUCUUCUGGAGGCUGAUGUGGCAGCAACUGUUCUUCGUUGCUUGGACCACAUGGAACUGAAAGACAUUGCUAGGCCAGUUGCUUUUAUUGCCAAAUUAUCUACCCAACAACCACUGGCCGACCAACUUGUAGGCAACGGCCUAUUGCAUCCAACCAGAGCAAAGAAGUUUCUCAACAGCGCCUGCCCAAGAGAAGUCAUCCUCGACUUUCUCAUGAUUGUUUCGGAUUUAGCUCGAACAAACAAGCUGUUCUACGAAUACAUCGAUGCAGCUGACAUCUUGGAGGAUCUGAAGCACUUCCUUACACACGAAGAUCCUAAUUUACGCGCCAAGACCUGCAGUGCUAUCGGAAACAUGUGCCGUCACAGUUCCUAUUUUUACAGCUCACUGUCGAAGCAUCAGAUCAUCGGUGUCCUUAUCGAGCGAUGCAGUGAUCCCGACAGACGUACAAGGAAAUUCGCCUGUUUUGCAGUUGGAAAUGCUGCCUACCACAACGAUUCAUUAUAUGAUGAACUCAGAAGAGCCAUUCCUCAGCUCAGAAAUCUGCUGCUAUCCGAAGAGGAAGACAAAACGAAGGCAAAUGCUGCCGGUGCUCUCAGCAACCUCGUUCGCAACUCCAACCGGCUUUGCGAAGACAUCGUUACCAAAGGCGCAAUGCAGGCAUUGCUGAAGGUCGUGGCGGACUGUUCGACAGUGGCGCUGAACUCUCGAAGGGAUGCUAUAAACGAUUCUCCUCUAAAGAUCGCCUUGUUUUCACUGGUGAAGAUGUGUGCUUAUCCACAAUGCCGCCAAUUCAUCCGCUCCUCUGAAUUAUUUCCAGUCAUAGCGCAGCUGAGACAGUCGCCGGAAUCCACAAUCGCCAACUAUGCCUCCGUCAUCACCACCAAAGCUUCGGAAUCGCAGUAAUUCAGGAAAGGAAGAUCGAUCGUAUGCUAAAGUGCUACGGCUUACAUUCCUUACGGUAUGUAUGUACAUAAUUCUCUUGUACGGCCUCUAUGAGUAAUUGUUUCUCUGCGCUUCCAUGUCCAAUAUAUAUCGCAUCGUUCACUCGUUUAUUUUCGUCUACGUUCUUUUGUAGAUUUUUUUAUUUUUACUAUUCGAAUAAAUUUU